AUUCAUUCGAUCGGCGGCGUUCCUGAGAGAAGGUAGUCGUGGACAUGGUGUGCGUAUCCCCCUGGCGGUGUACGCUGUGACCGGCUCAAUAACCGCAUCGUACGUGUACGCAUUUCUGAUCUCGCUGUUAUGGUUUCUGUUCGCGCGGUGCACGGACCCCGAGGACUUCCAAGUGGCCAUGGUGGUCUUCUCGCUCGGAAUUUCCAGUGAGAUCGGCUCCACGAAGUUCUUCAACUCCAUAAUUUACAUGGAUCCCGUUGUACUGGUACGCUGCGACCGGACUGUCCAUAGCUUGCUACUCGUACAUAUACCAGAUUUCCAUGUUGUGGUCAGUGUUCUCCUACUUCACACGUGCAGACGAUGUACUAGCAGGCAUCGUGAUCUUCUCGCUGGGCGUCUCCAGCGAGAUAGGUCUUGUCAAACUAUGCUUCAUGUACGCCAAUAUUGAUAAAAUUCAAAAAAUAACCGAAGGAUAUCUUAAAAGCGACGCUGCUUCAGCAAGGAACAGCCGGUUUUCCAAGAACAUAUUACACACAAUGCAGUCCGUUAAGAAGCGCGGCGUAAUUUUCUGGCUAGUGAUAAUUAGUAAUGGAGUUGUCUACCUCGUGAAGCCAAUCGUGACGCCCGGCAGGCAUUUCAUGGAAGACCAAUUCAUCAUUUUAGGUCUCGAACCUAAGUACGAAACACCGAAUUACGAGAUAGGAUUUUUUAUGAUGGCGGUCGGAGUUUGUGUGACUUGCUACUUGCCAGCCAACAUCACGGCUUACCUGAUAACCGUAGCCGGAUAUUCAGAAGCACAGUUUUUGGCACUUGGACACGAACUCGCAAACCUGUGGCCGGACGCUCAACUACACUGCCGCGCAAUGAACUUGAGCCAAUCAGUAAAUGAGCAAGCUAACGAAUACGUGAAAAUGCGAUUGAGAGAAUUAGUAAAAAUACAUUCCACCAAUGUUAACCUUUUGAGGGAUAUAGAGGGAGCUUUUAGAGGAGCUAUUGCUGUUGAAUUUUUACUAUUGAUUGUGGGCCUUAUAGCUGAGUUGCUGGGGGGCUUGGAGAAUACAUACAUGCAGGUGCCUUUUGCGCUGAUUCAGGUCUCGGUGGACUGCCUCACGGGACAGCGGGUGAUGGAUGCGAACUUGGCUCUAGAACGCGCAGUUUACGAUUGUCGGUGGGAAGAGUUCGAUGCUAGUAACCGUCGGGUCGUGUUGCUACUGUUGCAGAACGCACAGAAAGUAGCCACGCUGUCGGCGGGCGGCAUCGCCACCCUCAACUUCAGCUGUCUCAUGGCUGUGAUCAAAUCUAUCUACUCUGCCUACACCACGCUUAGAACUACCAUGAAAUAAUUUAAAUUUAUUGAAAUAAAUGUGUUCAGCUAUCUAUUUUAA